AAGCUAUAUUGGUUAACGCGCACCGGAGGCUCCAUCUUUUCCGACUGCCUGCGUGUGAACAGUUCGUUCCAGGAUAUUAAUAAAAUGGCACCAAAAAGGGGUAAAGUUCAGAAAGAAGAAGUGCAAGUUUCUCUUGGACCACAAGUUUUGGAAGGAGAAAAUGUUUUUGGUGUUGCCCAUAUUUUUGCUAGUUUCAAUGACACUUUUGUUCAUGUCACUGAUCUCUCUGGCAGAGAAACCAUUGCUCGUGUCACAGGUGGAAUGAAAGUGAAGGCUGAUCGUGAUGAAGCUUCUCCCUAUGCUGCUAUGCUGGCAGCUCAGGAUGUUGCUGAAAAAUGCAAAUCUCUUGGAAUCACAGCUCUUCACAUUAAGCUCAGAGCAACAGGUGGAAACAAAACAAAAACACCAGGACCUGGAGCACAAUCUGCUCUUAGGGCUCUUGCUCGAUCAAAUAUGAAAAUUGGACGUAUCGAAGAUGUUACACCUAUUCCUUCUGACUCGACGAGAAGGAAGGGAGGUCGUCGUGGUCGCAGGCUUUAAAUUAUCUUUAUGGUACACUUUGUGCUUUACUAUAUUGCUUAAAUAAACAUCUAAAAAAAGCA